AUGCCAAGGCUCAAACCCAUUAUCUUCUAUGAUAUUCCCAGCAUCGUGCAGACAUGGUCUCCAAACACGGUGAAAACAAGGCAGGUUACCCGCCUCAAGAGUUCCUCUUCAUACUGUCUCACCUUCAAGGGCCUACCCUUCCAGACCGUCUGGCUCGAGUACCCUGAGAUCAAAUCAUUCUACGAACAACAUUCUCUUGUGCCCACUACCUUGCGUAUCAUCAAGGGAACCCCAACGCCCGUGCACACGCUUCCUGUCAUCAUGGAUCCAAAUACGAAUAGGUUCAUUACAGACUCCUUCGCGAUUGCACAAUACCUUGAUGAGCAAUACCCCGAUACACCGCAAGUACUGCCACAUAACACAGCCGCGCUGGUGCACGCCUUUCAUACUGCGCUGCAUGACGCCAUAAGGGGCAUUGUCAUGCUGGGCAGUUUUAGAGGUGCUCAGAAACUUAAUCCCAAGAGCAAGGAGUAUUAUAUUCGCACUCGUGUGGAGCGACUUGGCAUUCCAUGGGAGCAGUUUGCAACGCCCGAGAAAAGAGAGGAACAAUGGAACACACUGCGUGCUGCGUGCAAUACCAUAGAUGGGUGGUAUGCAACCGGCGGCGGUCAAUUCAUAAUGGGGGAUACACCAUGUUUCGCUGACUUUGUGGUUGCGGGACUAUGUAAGUGGAUACAAUAUUGCUUUGAUAAUCAGGAGUGGGAAGAAGUGAAGAGUUGGAACGGAGGGCGAUGGAGGAGACUAGUUGAAGCAACUGACAGGUAUCUUGAUUGUUCCAAGUAG